UUCAUUAUUUAUAUAUUGAAAAUGUUGUGAUAUCUUUAGACAGAAGUGAACUAACAGAUUUAAUGCAUGACUUUGACAGCUGCACUGCUUUUGACUGUUUUAAACGGAAGUGUGAAUUGUUUAGGUUGUUUAAUUUAGUCACUUAAUUACAUUAAUAGCUGCCGUUACACUUAAAAACAAACAGCAGCCUCGUGACGUGAACCUUUAACGAACACAGCAGUUUGAGUUUGUAUCCAUAUGUGAAUACAUGUAUACCUUUUAUAGUUGUGUUUGGUGCAGCAUUUGGCAAUAGAGGCUGCAAAAGUGUCGCAACAGGACUAGUCGGGCUGGUUUUGUGACGUCUAAUUCUUUCUGCGCAUUUUCUCAUGUCUUGAAACUAUCUGUUCAUCUCACUGAGUGUUUAAUAUGCAAAACCGAGGAAUUUCCCUUAUUAGUUUCCGUCGUGAAAACACCAUUUGAUCCACAUAAUUAAAGCCGUCCCCUGACUUAACCCCGUUUCUAAACUUGUGCUGGCCUGCUCGGUGUCUCGCUGCCGAAAGAAGUUAAGCAGCAACAACUAACCACUCCUUGGAAUCACAACCUGCCAAAACACACCGUCGCAGUUUAGUUUCUCCCCCUGAUAACUCGCGGUUCGUUUGGCGGGAGAAGAGUAAAUGUAUUAGUGGGUUAAUUUAGAUGAGUUGUACUUAUACAGGGGGAACAGGAAACCUCUCUGUGUACUCGCAAUCUAAUCUGAGCAGUCAGGACGGAAUGUGCUCAACGUCAAACACGUUUACAACCCACAGGCUGCCAGCACUGCGCUGCUACAUGCGGGAGAACCGCAGAGUACACAUGGGGACACCGUUAUCAAACUGGUUAUCCUAAAAAGAAGUCCGCCAUUAAGCUAUACUUUGUUUUAUUAUUGUUUCUGUCAGUAUUUUACGUCGCUUCGAAAUGAUAAAGUCACAGUUUUUGUCGCAAAUCCAUUGCGUAUUUGGUCUUGUUUUUAAUGAAAAUAUUAAGUGAAACUCCCUUCGACUUUUCUCUCUACAAUGGCGCCUCUCUUUGAUGAGGCGCUGUCAGGACACUUGUUAGCUUCAAAGCUUGUUUUGAUGUCAGUCCUUGAAGGCAUCUGGCUGCUGUUGCACACGAAUGAGCCAGAGAUUUCGACAGCAUGGCCAUGACUGCUGAUGGCUGCAUUCAAUUCACACGCCAUGCGGGUGACGUCCUGCUCAACUUCAACCGCCUCCGCAGCCGCAACAUCCUGACUGAUGUCGCCAUACAGGUGGACGGACAGCAUUUUCACGCUCACAAGGCCAUCUUGGUAGCCUGCAGUGGCUUCUUUUACUCUGUCUUCAUGGACCCCAAGAAUGCCAACCUAAGUGCCAUAGGCUUGGACCCCAAAGUGGACGCCAAGGGUUUCUCCAUCCUGCUGGACUUCAUGUACACGUCCUGUCUGGACCUGAAGGACAGUCUGGUCCAGGCCACCAUGAGCACAGCCAUCUACCUCCAGAUGGAGCACGUGGCCGACACCUGCCUCAGGUUCAUCCAGUCCAGCAGCCAUCAGAUUGAGGAGGCCGAGAUCUGCUCGUCACAUCUGUCCGAGGACAUCCUUGCUUUGAGGACGUUUGAAGACAACGAGCCAAACUUCAGAAACAUCCUCCCGUCCCCGCUCCAGGACUGCAAGGGCUACACCCCCAAUGUGUUCAGGGGGAUCAACACCUCCGGUUCCUAUCACGUCUACGGCGACUCCCAGCUUCCUUCUACGAAGCUUGAAGGCCCCCACCAGCUCAGCGACCUUCCCAGAGGAGGGGCCCAGCAAAGAUGCUCGGAGGUGCCUCACAGCGAGUCCACCACCAUGCUCUCCCACUCCAGUUUCCCCACCAAUAUUACCCAGAGGUCCAUAUCCCCCAUGGAGGAAAACGGCUGCCCAAGAUUGUCCCAAGGUUUUAGUAAAGGUGUGAUCUGCAGCCCUCAAAGCCCCCUCCGAUCCGACUGCCAGCCAAACUCGCCGACCGAGUCCAACAGCAGCAGGAACGCAGCGCUGAGCCUAAGACAGUCCUCAGAAUGCUCCAAAGACACCAAGGCCCGCAACUGGAAGAAGUACAAGCUGAUUGAUAUGAACCAAACUCCAGACGAAAACGAUAAGGAGAGCCGGGAAGGCGGCGCUGAAGCUACACCCAUGUCCCCGACGCUGAGCCCCUGCAGGAGCGCUGCAGCAGGCGAGGCGCAGGGGGAGGAGGCGGCCGGCGAGCACAGAGAAGAAAUCCACACGGGUCAGAGCGUGGAGAGUUGCAGCAGCAGCACCUGUAGCAGCAUCAGCUACCGCCGAUGCUCCUCCUGUGGUUGUGACAGCCCGCAGUGCCUGGAUAUCGGUCACCUUUCUCCGGACUCUUACAGCAGAGAGGACACCACCAAGCUACACUCAGAGUAUUCCUCCUCCGGCUGCGAAAGCAACAUCUACUUCUGCAACGGGUGUGACUGUAAGUUCACGGAGGAGGACUCCCUGAAAGAACACAUGGCCCAGGUGCACAGUGACAAGCCAUACAAGUGUGACUGCUGCCAGGCCGCCUUCCGCUACAAGGGGAACCUGGCCAGCCACAAGACCGUUCACACCGGUGCAAAGCCUUACCACUGCAACAUCUGCGGCGCUCAGUUCAACCGGCCAGCAAAUCUCAAGACACACACCCGCAUCCACUCUGGAGAAAAGCCAUACAAGUGCGAGACAUGCGGCUCCAGAUUUGUCCAGGUGGCCCAUCUCCGCGCCCACGUCUUGAUCCACACCGGAGAGAAGCCUUACCCCUGUGAGAUCUGUGGAACUCACUUCCGCCACCUGCAAACGCUCAAGAGCCACAUGCGCAUUCACACCGGAGAGAAGCCUUAUCAUUGUGAAAAAUGCGACCUUCACUUCAGACACAAGAGUCAGCUGAGGCUUCACCUGCGGCAGAAGCACGGCGCCGUCACCAACACCAAGGCUCAGUACCGCAGGACCCCCAGCAACAUCCUCACGGGCCUGGUGAACUCCUGCUGAGAACCCCCCCCCCCCCUUCCCCUGUCAUUUCCCUUUCUCUUUUGCAUCGGCCGCGGUGCUGUAAAAAGAUAUUUUUACAAACAGAAACAUAAAUAUGAUAUAUGUAUGUGUUUGCCCUUUAUGCAUUUGUAAAUAAUGCACAUUUCCCUUUGGUAUUUCAAAGAUUGUAGAAGUUUAUGCUUUCCAUGUGAAUGUCUUAACAGAAUGUACGUUUUGAAUGUGAAUUUUAAGCAGCAUUGAAGGACGGUCCUGUCGUUCGGACUGAGAUAUCACUGUUACAGGUUUGCUUUGAUAACGGUAUGAAUUUGCCCAGUAAUGUGAUCACACUUUCACAAUUUGUUUUUAUGUAAAUAAGAUAAUAUAUAUUUUCAGAUUGCCAUCUGCUGGCAGAGAACGAAUAUAUUUACGUUACAUUUGUUGCUUAAACAAGAGCUUUUUAUUUUUACCGUUUGGUAGUUUGUGGUACGUAUUUUAUUUUCAUAAUGUUUAAAAAAAAAAUGCUAUGUACAUAUUUUUCAAUCAUUUCUAGCCUGUUGGUAUUUUGCACAUGCUCAUGACAUAAUGCUGUAAUUCAUAUCUUUUCAUACUUUUCUUUCAAAUAUUUCUACUUAAGCUCUUGACAUGUUGAAAUUGUUUGUUAGACUCGGCACUUGCUAUUUAUACUUUUUCUUCGCUGUAUUCAAUUACAUUUUGGUGCUGCAAUGAUUCAGCUGGAUCAUUCAAGUGUGAUGUGUGUUAUCUUACCGUGUGUAUUACAGUGCACUCGUACAAAGCAGUGUAUUAAAGUGCCUUACAUUCACGCUUCUCUAUUCGCUACCGUCACAGUCGAACUACUAAUGUGUUAUAACGCUGACCAUAUGGAAGCCCUGGUAGUUAUUAACUGCUGUUGGUAUGCAUUUCACCUUUGGUACAUUGCCCUGUUGUCAUGUGUACGCAUGGCUGGUACGCUUUGUUUUGAAAGCUGAUUAUUUGUUGAGUGUAGCUCUUAUGAUGCAGAAGCACCAGGCCUCAAGCUAAAAAAAACGCUCAGGAAUAUUAGUAAUAUGUAAGCAAAUGUCUUUGUAACUGCAGAUGAUAUAUAUAUGAUACAUGAAAAUAAAAAUGUAUUAUGUAGCC